AUGGUCCAAAAGAUUGCAGUCCUGUUGCUCGCGGCGGCGAGCUCCAUCCUCGGCCAAAUCACCCUCCAACCCUCCACCGUCACCACCAAGCGUCCCACCCAGAACCCAGGCACACCCACCGUCACUCGCACCGUCACCAAGACAGAGUACGACACCAUCACCGAGACCGAAACCCAAACGGAAACCUCGAUUUCAACCAAGAUCAGCACCAGCAUCAGCACCACCACCGAGUCCUACAUCCAGGAAGUCACCACGACCGUCAUCUCGACUUACACCGUCUCCUUCCCCGUGACCGAAACCACAAUCACCACCAUCCCCAUCAUCACGACCACCACCGAGGCUCCCAUCACCGUAACCGACGUCGUAACCAACACCCAAACCACCACCCGCACCUCCAUCAUCUCCACCACCGUCAUCAAGCCCACGACAACCACCGCCACGGCAACAGCAACCGUGACCUCCGUUUCAAUCAGCACCAAAACCGGCAGCUGCUCAUCUUCUUCGCCAGCGGCUCAAUGCCCCACCGUCACGGCCACGGCCACGGCAUGCAAAUCUUGCUUCGUCCCGCAGUGCACGACUACCAGCACCAUCACCAAGCCGUGCGGAUGUCAGGCAUUGCCGACGGAGAGCGUCAGUUUCCCGUGUGGAGCGGCGGAUGCGUGUAAUAAGAUUGGGUGCACGACUGUUUAUGCGGUUAAGACUGCUGGGUGUUAG